UCCAGUAAAGAGAUUUUAUUGUCUUGGUUCCAUAUUGUAUUGGGAAUGUCGAUCAAAGAUCCAUUGGAGUUUUAUCAUAUUCAAGGGUGACUCCCCACGUUCUCCCGCUGGCCGACUUGGCCAACCUAUCUAUCUAUUUCUUCACCAGACUUUACUCAGAUUCGGCCUUUUUUAAUGACAAACUUGGAUACUAACUAAGCUCAGUUAGUCCCUUUCAAUAAUAUUUCUGUGACUAGCAAAUCCGAUCUUUCCAUGUCUAGUUUUUUUGAGUUGGUAGGUACUCACUGAGUUGUCUUGGCCCCACUCAUGUAGACUGGCAAUGAUGAGUUAGAUCUUCCUAUGGGGAAGAGGUCAACCGCUAGAAAGUACUUGCUUGGGUAUAAAUAUGUCUUCAUCUCCUUCCCCACCAAGUAAACUCAGCUUCUCUUAACGCCUGAUUCUUGCAAAAAGAAGAGCCUCAUGGAGCCUAUGGGAGCCAUCUCUGAGAGAGAAUGGGGCUCUCUUGGUGGCAUGUAUAUUGCUGAGGAGUCUGAUUUUAUGGCUCAGCUGCUUCAUAACAAUGCUUCUUUACCCAAUGACUUGAUUGGGGAUUUAAGCUUGAGAGCCCCUUCUGAUUUUUGGCCUGGCUAUGAGUCAAAUAUGAAUGGUGAAGGGCUUAGUGAUAGUUCAUACUUUUCUUUGUAUAUGUCUAGCUCAAACUUUCACAGUUUUUCACAAGAAAGUAAUUACAAUGGUGGUAGCUCAAGCCAACAAUGCUACGGCUCGAGUGAUUCUCAUCCAGUUUUGGCAUCCAAUGACAGCUCCAUUUCCAUGGAUUUUUGCAUGAUGAACGUGAAAAAACCUGGCUCCUUUCUCGUAGAAGGGUAUGACUGCUUGAACCAAGAAAAAAGUGACGGCAAUGCAGAAGAGUCUGCUGGAAAUGUGCCUGCAGCAGCUGUUCUUCAUCCCGAGAAGGAUUCACAGCACAGAAAAGAAUCCGAGAUGCCACCACCAGAAUCAAUCCCGGAAGAAAAGUGUAGCAACCCACCCGAGAAUUCGAAGAAAAGGUCUCGGAGUUCUCGAGAUGUGAGUAUAAUAAUAAGCUUCUCACCCUCUUAAUAUUGCAUUAGGUUUUUGCCGAGUGAUCGAUCGGUGUUUCAUAUCUGUAUGGAAGGAAUUUGAUUCAUAGAUUUUACUCAUCUCCAUUAAAUAAUGUAGAUAAGGAAGAAAAAG